AUGGCGGGCAGCUGGGUGCUGGCCCUGGGCUUGGGGCUCUGCCUCAGCACGCUGCAGAGGGGAGGCUGCCUCACCCCCGGCACGGCCACGGCACCCCAAACUGCUGCCGUGCUGCGGGACAAUUUCCGCCUGCAGCCAAGCGAUUUGGUGGCCACGGUGGGACAAGUGCUGGAGCUGGACUGUGUCCCCCCCUCGGGGCACCCCGAGCCCCACGUCACCUGGAAGAAGGACGGGGUGGCCUUGGACUCAGCGGGUGACAGGUACGUGGUCACCAACGGGAAGCUGCGGGUGGCACCGGCACAACGGAGCGACUCCGGGCUCUACGUCUGCAUGGCGGCCAAUGCAGCGGGCAGGAGGGAGAGCCGCGGUGCCCGAGUCUCUGUCCUGGAGAAGCCGACCAUCGUGCGGCACCCCAGUGACACCGUGGCGGUGGCCGGCAGCACCGUGGAGCUGAACUGCAGCGCACAGGGUGACCCAAUGCCACGGGUGCAAUGGCACAAGGAGCGUGGGGACCUGCCCUGGGGCAGGCAUGAGGUGGACCGGGAGCACACCUUGCGCCUCUACACCGUGACGCUCGCCGACGCCGGCACCUACGUGUGUACAGCGCAGAGCCAGCUGGGCACCGCUGCGGCCACCGCACUGCUGCGUGUGGAGGAGCGGCUGCCAACAGCCCAGCGUGAUGCUGCUCCUCGGGACCUGCUGGCCAUGAGGCUGCACCUGGACAAUGGCACCGUGCUGCCCACCGCAGCCGUGCGGCUCCGCUGGCGGAUGCUGAUGAGGACACCGGUGCUGGUGGGCUACAUGGUGCUGUACCGCUGCCUGCUCCCGGCCACCACCUCCUGGAUCCAACACGACGCUGGCAAGGAGCUCAGCACCGUCAUCCCCGCACUCCGCAGGGGCUACAAGUAUGAGUUCAAGGUCCGACCCUACACUGGAGGGACCCACGGCUUGGACAGCAACAGCAGAUACCUGUGGAUACCUGAGGAAGUGCCAAGUGCGGCGCCCCGGCACGUCACCGUGAGCCAAGCUGAGAUGGGCAAUGGCACCAUGGUUGUGAGCUGGGAGCCGCCUCCUCCUGAGGCCCACAAUGGCAUCAUCCGCGGCUACAAGGUGUGGUCAAUGGCCGAGGGCUGGCAGCGCCCCACCAACAGGACCGUGGAUGGAGGCACCCACCGCCUGGAAACCCUCAUCCCGAGCCCUGGGGCCCAGCUCUGUGUCCAGGUGGCAGCUUUCAAUGGUGCAGGGCUGGGGAUCCCCAGCAACACCACCUGCAGUGCCAUGGGGCUGGCAGCAGGGAGCACGGGGCUGGCCCGGGUGCUGCGGCAGCCGGUUGUCAUCGCUGCCACCGGCUCGCUGCUCUGGUUGGCUUUGCUCAUCCUCCUCCUGCUCCUGUGCCAGCGCCGCGCCAGCCGGGAUGCUGCCAUGCGCCACAGGCUGGUGGCUGCAGACACACCAUGGCUUGGUGGCCCCUGGAAACCCAGCUGUGCCCCACAGAACCGCAGCAGCAGCAGCAGCCUCCUGGGCAGCGACAGCAGGGACCCCUCCACUCUGUCCUUGGAGCCAUCGAGCCUCAGCCCCCCCACAACCUCCAACCAAAGCAGUGCCUGUGGGAGGCACCCUCCGCCCCUUGGGGACACGGGGUGCUGCAGGGGGGGACACCCGGGGGUGCGCACAUCACCCAGCACCCCGACCCCAGCGCCCUCGGAGCGACUCCGCAAGAGAGAGCUGCAGCAAGUGCACAGCACCCCACUGCUCACCGGUGGCCCCGGGCAUGGCCCCAUCCAUGGGAGCAGAGGAGAGUGGGGGCCGGAUCUGGGGCUGGAGUGGCCUCAGCGAAGGGGGCACGAUGGUGACACUGGUGCGGUGGGGACCAGAGGGGACCAGCGGCAGCUCCCUGUCUUCAGCACCCCAAAACCACGUCGGGGCAGCACCUCCGGUGGCACGAGGUCCCCGGUGCCACCACCCCACGGCUGGCACCCGCCGGUGACGCGGUCCCCAGUGAUUGCCUACCCCAGGGAUCCAUCCCCAGUCACCCGGUGCCCCAGGGACGUGUCCCCCAGCACUGGGAGCCCCAGGGAUGUGUCACCAGCCACCAGGCACCCCAAGGACCCGUCAUCAGCCUCCAGACAGCCUGAGGAUGUGGCUCCAGCCAUUGGGCACUCAAGGGGCUCAUCCCCAGCCACAAGGCUCCCAAAGGAGAAGCCAGUGGCCACUGGGAACAGCAGGGACAAGCUCCUGGCCACCAGGUACCCUGAGGACACAUCACCAGGGAUGAGGCAUCUCAAAGACACAACUCCAGCCUCCGGGAACACAUCCCCUGUCACCAGGUACCCCAAGGACAUAUCCCAGGCCACCAGGCACCCCAGGGACCCAUCACUGGUGAGCAGGCAUCCAAGGGACACACUUCUGGACAGCAAAUACCCAAAGAACACAUCACCAGCCAUGAAGCAUCCCAAGGACACAUCUCCAGCCAUGAGGAACCCAAGGGACACAUCCCCAGCCAUGAGGAACCCAAGGGACACAUCUCCAGCCAUGAGGAGCCCAAGGGACACAUCACCAGCCACCAGGCACCCUGAGGAGAGGUCUCCAGUGCCUGGUCACCAGAGGGACACGUUCUUGGGCACCAGGUACCCCAAGGACACAUCCCCAGCUACCAAGCACCCAAAGGACGUGUCCCCAGUUCCCAGUCACCUCUCUCCAGCACCCAGCAAUGGGCUCUUCACACAACAGCCGGUGGCCAAGGACCUGGAGAUGGACCAGGACACCAACUGCACCAGCCCCGCAGCACCCACCGCACCACUGUCCAUCUCCCCAUUGCACACCUACGGCUACAUCUAUGGGCCACCAGCCUCCGAGCUGGGCGAGGAGGAGGAUGAGGAGGAUGAAGAGCAACCAGCGGCGAGGGGCUCCCCAGUGGGGUCACUGCUGAACGGGUGGGGGUCUGUCUCAGAGGACAACUUCACCAGCACCCGCUGCAGCCUAGUGAGCUCCUGCGAUGGCUCCUUCCUCCUGGAUGCCAGCUUUGCCAGGGCGCUGGCCGUGGCUGUCGAUGGCCUUUGCUUUGGCCUUGAGGACACCGAUGGGACCCUCAGAGCAGGUCCCUCACCGCCACCAUCACCCUUGGAGAGGAUCUUCACACCAGGAUUCCCCAUUCCACCCUGGGAUUGGGGGACAGCACUGGGAAUCCCGCGGAGAAUAGGGAUGGAGGCAGCUGCGGGCACCCUGCAGUAUGGUGGCCAUGGGUCAGGCAGUGGCAGCCCCUGGUCCAGGGUGGGCGGUGAGAUGGGGACAGGAGGGACAGGAGCGUGGAGGUCCCCAGGGUGCAGGAGUCGCCUCGGCUCAGCCAAAACCCAGCUUUAUUAAGUGGUGCCCAAAAAGGGGCUCUUUGCAGCAAAAGCCACCCACAGAGGGGGUGGCACUAAGGUGGGGGGUGACCCUCCUUCUCCAGCAUCCUUGUCCUUCCCCAGUGUGCCCAUCCCUCCCCAGCAUCCUCAUCCCUCCCUAAAUGUCCUCACCCCUCCUCAGC